AAAUGACGGUCAAAGGUUUGGAACCUGAAAUCCAGAGGUUGAUAGCAAAACACAAGCAGGAAAUGAAGAAGCUGAAGCAGAUUCAUGAAGCAGAGUUGUUGAAUGCAGAUGAGAGAGCUGGAGGACGUUAUGUUAGGAUGAAUGAGGAACUCCGUGAGCAACUGGAAAGGGAGAAAGACAUGGCUUGUCAGAGAGAAAGAGAGUUGGCAAGAGACAGAUAUGAAAAGCAGCUACAGCAAGAAGAAGAGGCAUACCAACAACAGAGGCGUAGACUCUAUCAAGAAAUUGCUGAAGAAAAAGAACGUAUUGCACAGCAAGCUGCUCGUCAGCGUACUGAGAUGGAUAAGCUUCAGCGCCAGCUUGAAGAGAGCCAUCAGAAUGCAGUGGAAGCCAUGAGAUCUGAGUAUGACACAGCUAGGGAAGAGCAGGAACGCAGGCAUGAAGCAGAAAUUAGGGACAUGAAAGAGAAAGUAAAAUUAGAAAAAGAUGCAUGGGAAGAAAACUACAAGAAAAAGCAAGAGACUUGGCUGAUUCAAAAAGAAAGAGAAUUAAAGGAGCAAGUAAGACGAGAAAGGGACAAAGAGAUUGAACUGGUCAUACAAAGGCUAGAAGAAGAUGCAUCUUCAUCGAGGGAAGAAUGUGAGAGAGCAGCUGAAAAUAGGAUAAAGAGAAUCCGAGACAAGUACGAAGGAGAAAUCCAAGAACUGGAUAGAUCGGAAAGACAAGCCAUGGAGAAAUACAACGAAAUGAAGGCAAGACUCACAGAAUAUGAAGGUGAAAAUGAAAGAUUUAAAGUUCAGCUGAGACAAAAAGACCGUGAAAUAGCUGAUGCCAAAAAGCUGUAUGAGAAGUUAAGCAGUGAGAGAGGACAAGUUACUGAUAUUGUCAGGCAGGAAUUUGCUGACAGAAUUGUUGCUACGGAAGAAGAGUGCAAACGUUUGAAACAGGAAAUGGCAGAAAUGAAAUCUCGUCACAGGAUUGAACUUGAGAAAUCCAAAGAGGAGAUUGAACAGAUCCACAAAGCCAAAGAUGAAGAAAUGGAAGAAGUUCAUAAAAGAGUAAAACAAGCCAUAGCAAAGAAGGAAGAAACAGUAAAUCAGCUAAGACAGCAGUACCAAGCAGCAGUGAAGAGAGCAGACCACCUGGAGGGGCUUUUGGAACAGCAGAGGAAACAAUUAUUAGGGAAGAAAUAACAUGACUGACUGAUUUUUGUCAGCCAUAUCGAUUUUUUAGUUUGCAAAUUGCAAAUAUGAUAAUCUUUGCUAAGUGUUACAAUGAGUUCAGUUUAUCCAACUUUGCAAAAGCUUAACUAGUCACUCAUUUUGUUUUGCAUGUUAAGCCUAUUUUAUGCAUUAGCAUGUUGACUGUGAUAUCAUUUUCAUUGCACAAUGUACAUAGUAUAGUGUGGAUUUAAAUGGUAAGAUUUUUUUGUUUUUAGAAAUAAGGUUUCUAACUCUACAUAUUAGAUUUUUGUAAUCAAUGUACAAUCUUACUGUACAGAACUUCUGUACGCUUGAAUUAUAUAUUUGUAUAGUGGCACCUUGAAGCUAGAACAUUGCUUUAUGUCAUACGGGUUAGUAGUGUGCAGCAAUUAUAGAGAUUAUUUUAGCCACUUCAAUUUGUAUUUGUAACAUGAUAUAAUCAGUGAUGGCUGUAAUCAUCAAAAGAAAUAAAAAUUGUUUUAGUUACUCUAGGCUGUCAACUACAAGGCUUAGAAUGUUGGGACCAUAGACUUUAGGACCCAGGAAACAUUUGCAACAAAGCUCAAGUGAUUUACUGUUUAAAACAAGAAUAAAGAUCACCAUGUAAGCAUUUUUAUUUUGCCUUUUGAUGUGGUGAAUUUUCAAUGGCAUAUUUCUCAAUAGUAAGUGCUUAUCUUAGAUAUAACAAAUAUGUUGUUAAUCUCCUUUCCCUAAAGUUUUUUUUUCUGCAUUU